CGGUAACGCAUAUUACUCACUAAGCUAAAGCUUGUUGCCCCUGUGCAGCUUGCUAUACAGUGAAGGCCGGCUUCUUGUUUAGACGCCAGGAUGUCACCAGUCGCUACCUCGCCAAGGAUGCGUUCCGCCACUAUGGCCCUGGCAACGCCUGCUGGUCUGCGCUUUGCGCGCCUUCCCAUUCGCCCUGUUGGAGCCCCGCUACGUCGUGUUCCCGCGCCGUCAAAAGCCAUUGCGGAGUCUGCCACAAGUAAUGGAGCUCCAGUCCCGCAAGCUCAGGCUGCGCCAGUGCAGCCGGUGGCCCCGGCCGCUCCUGCCCCGGCCCCGGCGCCCGCGGGCCCCACCCAGACUACCCAGAUCCUCGCGCCCGCUGCCAUCUACGCCGCUGCGGCCGCCGCGGGGGCCUACAAGUCCAAGAUCUCCCUUCCCAAGGCGUUCGUGAUGGGCAUCCUGGCGGGGGUGUACAUCGGGUUCGGUGCGCUGCUUUCCUUCACCCUCCUCAACUACAUGCCAGGCCUGGUGUCCUCCAACCCCGGUUUGGCCAAGCUCAUCGCCGCCGCGGUGUUCCCCAUGGGCCUUGCGCUCAUCAUCGUGUGCGGCGCGGAGCUCUUCACGGGCAACAGUGCUCUGAUGACUGCGGCCCUGCUGGAGGGCAAGGCCAACUUCAGUGACGUGCUGGUGCGCUGGGUGGUGGUGUACGCGGGGAACGCGGUGGGCUGCCUGGCCAUGGCUGCUGCGGUGGCGGCCACGGGGCUAUGGAGCGCCAACACGGUGAUUCCGGCUCUGGCGGUAGCCAAGAGCUCCCUGCCCGUGGCGCAGGCGCUGGUCCGGUCGGUGCUGUGCAACUGGAUGGUGUGUUUGGCGGUGUGGAUGGCGCUGUCGGCCUCUUCGCUGCCGGGCAAGCUGAUGGGCCUGUGGCUGCCCAUCACGGCCUUCGUGACGGUGGGUCUGGAGCACUCGAUCGCCAACAUCUUCAUCAUCCCCAUGGGCAUGAUGCUGGGGGCGCCCGUCAGCGUGGGGCAGUUCCUCACCGCCAACCUGCUGCCGGUGACUCUGGGCAACUUUAUUGCCGGGGCGGUUUGCACUGCGGGUCUCUACUCGAUCUGCUUCGGAAAGCUGGGCGCCAACCUGUAAGCGGGCAGCAGGCUUUGCCGUACACCUUGCGGCUGGCAGACUGAGCCUGCCGUACGCUGGCAAGGACAUGGCUGCCGUACAUCUUGCAGCCCCGGGUGGCAGAGGAACCUAAUUGUACGGCAUGGAUGCAGAAAACUGUCGUACAUGGCACAACAUGACGCAACACGACAAGGGAAACUAUCCGAGCAGCACUCGGGCUCAUGUGCACAGGUAAUGCUUUUUGGUCGUGAAGAGGUCAAGCAAAAAAAGAGAAAAGAGAGGGCUAAGAGAGAGAAGAGAGAAAAGCAAAAAUGUGAUUUGUGAUUUGGUGUGUCAUGUUUUCUCGCAUGUGGGUGGGGGCCUCGUUCUCGGCCGGCGCUCGCCUUCGUCGCUUCUGUCCGCGGUUUGGGUCUUACCACAAGACAACAAACCAUAAGUGCAAAUUGUUGAGCGCGAGACACGACACAGUAUCCGUGGAUUGCGCCCACAGUUGCUCGCGGUUUGGACGGUGAGGCGAGGGGAAUCGGGAUGUGCGCGUACGUUCAGAAAACUGGCCGCGAGUCAGAACGUAUGUGUGAGGACAGUGAUUCCUUGCUUUGGUUGCAGUGUCGAUCAUUUCGUAAGCUUAGGCAACGCAAACAGCAUGCCGGAUUGGUAGUCGCCCAAACGGUUACGUUUCCGGAACGAACGCCUAGCUUUCGCCGUGUUACUGGGGUUCGAAAAUUGUUAAGACGUACAUUGUCGUCCAGUUGGGCGUGUGUUAAAGUUUGUGAAGUGCUCGCGCGGCUUCUCCCUACAAUUGGAGUCUAAUUUGAAAAAAGCCGUUGAGGUUGCUGUUGACGCGUUGGGCAGUAUACUUAGAACUCCUCUAGUGGGGCUCGAGGCAAUGGAUCGUAUCAGUCUAACAUACGUUAUCGUCCUGGAUAGGGAACGGUGGAUCACCUGGGGUGGGUUGAAGGCCGUUGGCGGUUAAGGGUCGUUAACGUUUACCUCGUUUGGCGGGACUGUCACGCAAACCGUGGCUUACCGUGACUUUACACAAAACAACAUAAAAGUGUAUGCAACUCUUCUCGUUGACGUUUUCCUGAAAUCGGCUAGCUCACUAUGCGGAUCCUACCCGUGCUCAACGUAGGUCUUUUCCUUCCUGGGCGGCGGGCCGUGAUUGUGCUUGUUGGCUUGUUGUUGGGGGCACGAACCGCCGUUCGAUCUUGUUUCGGCACGAUUGACUAGAAUCCUACAGUCAAUCUGAGUUGAUGCUGGGGGUGGCGAUAUGUCUCUGACCCACAGAACAUUCUGCAGUUGGAUAGGGGGUAUGCCUGCGUGGUUUGGUGGUAGGCACCGGAAGCCCCAACGGUCGUCCAA